CAAGCAUUACAGAGCGGAAACCACCCUUGGGCGACAUCUUUUCUCAGAACAUGCUGGCACUGGUGACGUUGGCGACUCUAGCGAGCACGGUGGUCGUCGUUUACGCGCCAAUGUACAUUGAGCGACACUUCGAAGCUUGCCACAGCCCCAAAUGCAUGAACCUGAACACGGACCUGCGGCUCAUGAUGGACAGCGAAGCCGAUCCCUGCCAAGACUUUUUCCACUACGCAUGCGCGAACUUCAAAUCCAUCUACCCGAAGUCCACGAGCUACAUGGAGGCCUUCACGAAGCGCGUCAAGCGCUCAUUUCGCGAAAUGAUAAACCAAUUCGUCAUCGAGUCUCCAGUUGCCAUACAACACUAUCCGCUGGAGUCCUAUCGCAAGUGCAUCGAUGAUUAUGUUAGUGAGUCAUACUACCUAGGUACUAUAGUUAAUAACGAUAAUGAGCUUGCGAAAAUGUGGUUUUCUAUAGGAGACCGAAACAUUAUGGACGGGAUGUUGGAAUUUCUGAUGGGGCUCUCGCUUGACCGCGGAACGCCCGUCUUCAUCGGCACCGGCGUAGUGCGCAAUUCAUACACGAAACAUCGAAACUUGCUUCGUAUAAAAUUGGAGAGGGUGAAGCCGCCACCAACAAGGAGAAUCGUGCAGGAUAUCAUCCAGCGCUUGUCCCGCACAUCCUCGUGGGAUAAGGCCCUGAAGCUGUCGAAGGCCAUUGUUGCCACCAUGGAGGGGGUGGCGAAAGCACUCCGACAUCCUAGUCUCCACGAAAAAUUGCCGCAGGUUUUGGACUACUACGAAGGAAGCCAGAUUCUUCACGUUCGAUAUUACCGCUUCGCAGAAAUCAUGAAAAGGUUUCCUCGUGAUGAGAAUGAAUGGAUGCGUUAUUUCUUCACAACAGAUGCACUGGCUCUCCGGGAACUGACAAGGUACCUCCGCGAUGUGGAUCCGGACACGUUCUCUUAUACCGUGCGCUUCAUCAUUGCGGAAAGCCUGCUGACCACGGCAUCGUACGCCUUCGUCGAUAUCUACGACAUGCCUCCUGUACCAGCGUCCCGGUCUCGCAUGGUAGGGUGCGCCAACCUCUCCUUGAUGCUGCUUCCCACCAUGACAGAGUACCAUUUCUUCCAGGAGUGGCUGGGACAAGACAAACCCACUCCUCCACCAAAAUUGUUCGACCUGCUACCGGAGAAGUUUAUUCUUGUCGACCCCUUUUCCACAAUGCGAGAACGAACAAAAGAAAACCUUGUGGGCACACUCCGCAACGUCACCGUCGUCCCGGGCCACGAUGUUGGCUAUAAUUCAAUGGAGGACAUAAGUAACAUCACCGCAUUCAAGGGCCUUGGCAUCGACUUCACCAGCUGGGUGCUUCACGCGCUCAAGUCGAAGGCACAGUUCCGAGCCAACCUACUGAUCAGCGCGCAGGAGAAGCUUCCGGCCAACGACCACAUCUUGGACCUCAACCCCGGCGCAACCUACGACGCUUCCGAAGACGUGCUGCGCGUGCUUCCCAGCCUCCUGCUUCCGCCAUUCGACGUACCAGCCAAGCCUUCCGCCUUCACUUUCGGUCACCUGGGCUCGUACGUGGCCGAAGCGCUUGCGCAGGCCGCGCUGCCCGAGAGCCUAUCGGGCCGUCUGUCUAGAAUGGAAUACCCUACUCAGGCCGACCGCGAUGCAUUUCUCGAGGAACUGGACUGCAUUGGCGGCGAGCGAACUCGUACAGAUAAGGUCCUGCUCAACUUUGAAACAUCGCUGAGCCUUCUGACCAGCGUUAUUGGCGUCAAGGUCGCCCACAAGGCUUGGGAAGACUGGAAGGAUCGAGGCACCGCGGAGUUCGUGCCCUAUGUGAAGACCGACGAGCAGGCAUUCUUCAUCGGCUUCUGCUUACGACACUGCGGCGUCGCCAACGACAGCGACCUCGAGAGUCCCCACGAAAAUUCUAGCCUGCCGCGCUCGGAGUUGUGCAACUUACCGCUACGGCACACCUUAGAGUUUGCCAAUGCUUUCUCAUGCAACAUUAAUAGCAGCAUGGCGCCAGAAAAUAAAUGUGCUUGA